AUGGAUGCAGCAGAAUUGGCACGGUGGACGAGGUUCGCGGCGAAGGGCGGUAUCGGCAAAUGUACAGCGAUUCAGGAUUGCGUUGCGGAGCGGCCAGACGAUCUGAUGUUCCUGAAGGGUGACGAAAUCAUUGUUCUGAUGCAAAUCCCCGAUGAUGACCAAGUCUAUCUCGGAUUUUGCGAAGAUAUCGUUGGUCGAUUUCGAGGCCAGGAUGUUCAUUUCCAUUCCAAGCUAAAGAAACCGGUCAUGACGAAACGUACUCCCUCUGCUUCUGCGGCCGCCCUCUCUCCCAAUUUCCUUCCAUCCUUCAGCACACCGCCCUCACCGGACGAUGCAUCACCCGCUGCACCGGCACCGUAU